AGUAAGGGAUAUUUAACGUGACUGCAUAUCUUGCAGUAUUAUUCUUAGUGUAAACUACUGUAUGAAGAGCAAACAUGUAUGCAAGAAGGGUUACUUUGCCUGCCAUCACGCCACUGGUUCUGCAGAAAAGGGUGAUAAAAAUAUACAGUGAGGAUGGAACAAGCAGAGCUCUAGAGGUGCCAAAUGAUAUUUCAGCUAAGGAAAUCUGCCAGAUGCUUAUACAUAAGAACCAUUACGUCGAUGAUCAAAACUGGACCAUGUUUGAGCACCUUUCUAACUUGUGCAUAGAAAGAAUUAUAGAAGACCAUGAAAUGGUGAUUGAAAUGCAGUCAAAGUGGGACAUGGAAGAAGAUUGCAGACUGUACUUUAGGAAAUAUUAUGCAAAAUACGCAUUUUUCAAAAAUCCCCAGGCCUAUUUUCCAGAUCUAAUGGUGACCUAUUCAAGUGAACUCAAUGGUGCAAUAGCUACUGCAGAUAUAUUAAAGAUGUUUCUCAGUACAAACAUGUAUCCAGAAGUACACAGUUACUUAUACAUGGCAGAAAAGGGGAAAAAGUCAUGGAGAAAAAUGUUUUUUGUUUUACGACGCUCUGGACUAUAUUUUUCUACAAAAGGAAUUUCUAAGGAUCCAAGACAUCUCCAGUUUUUCAGUGACUUUAAUCAAAGUGACGUUUAUCUGUUGUUAUCAGGAAAAAAGUUAUAUGGAGCACCAACAGACUAUGGAUUUUGUCUAAAGCCUAGCAAGACAGGAAGAAGCAAGGAUCUGAAAUUGCUCUGUGCAGACAGCGAAGAGAGUAAGAUCUGCUGGGUAACAGCAAUUCGACUAUACAAGUAUGGGAUGCAGAUUUAUAAAAACUACACAAGGCCAGAACAAGAGAGCCAAUCAAGUAAGCUCAGCCUGUCACCUACGAGAAGCAUUUCAGAAAAUUCACUUGUAGCAAUGGAUUUCUCUGGACAUAAAAGCAGAGUUAUAGAAAAUCCAUCAGAAGCUCUUUCCAUUGCACUACAAGAAGGAUUAUCAUGGCGGAGAAAGAGCUGUGGACGUUCCAGUGCUCACACCAACUCUACAACAGGUCAAAAUUCCACAUUUAAUUUUGCGAUACAUUUAUCACAGCCAUGGUUCCAUCAUAAAAUAUCCAGAGAUGAAGCUCAGAAACUGAUUUGUCAGCAAGGAUUUGUAGAUGGUGUUUUUUUGGUCCGUGAUAGUCAAAGCACUCCAAAAACAUUUGUCCUUUCAAUGUGCCAUGGACAGAGGAUACGGCAUUUUCAGAUUGUACCUAUAGAAGACGACAGAGCACAGUUUUACACACUAGAUGAUGGACAAACAAGAUUUACAGAUCUUACACAGCUAGUAGAGUUUUACCAGCUCAACAAAGGAUUUCUACCUUGCAAACUCAGGCACUAUUGCACUCGAAUAACUGUUUAAAGAAGUGUCAGCGUAGCAGACAAAAAAUUGAAUUGAUGAUAUUAUUUAAUUCCUGUAGUGUUGGAAUAAACUUUUUAGUGGUGUUAUUAUGUAUGUAAAUGGACUGCUAUACUAGCAGAAGCCAUAAAGAGAAAUAUUUCAAUAUGUUAAGAUUGAGCUGGCACAGC